AUGAGCGUACCACCUCAAGCGCAGAAUUCCAAAGUAUCCGCUGGAUCAGCUACUAAAGAGCAUAAUGCAUUGUUGUUCAAGCCCAAACGAUAUCGUUCAAUCACGUUGCAUAAUCGUGUGGUAGUCUCUCCUAUGUGCAUGUACAGUUGCAAGGAUGGGAUGAUGAAUGAUUUUCAUUUGGUGCAUCUUGGUUCUUUUGCUGUCAAAGGAGCUGGUUUGAUCAUGAUGGAGGCUACUGCAGUGGAACCACAAGGUCGUAUUUCACCUGAUGACAGUGGUAUAUGGAGUGAUGAGCAUAUUGGGCCUGUCAAACGUAUUGCCGAGUUCAUCAAAUCGCAAGGAAGUGUCCCUGGUAUGCAGAUUGCCCAUGCUGGUCGUAAGGCGGAUAUGAGUUCGCCAUGGAAAGGGUAUAGUAUUGUCCCCGAAUCAGAAGGUGGAUGGCCCAAUGAUGUACGCGGCCCUUCAGAAGGUGUUCGCUUUGAUGAGAAGCAUCCAAAUCCACGUGGAUUAUCCAAAGAACAAAUCCAAGAGCUCGUACAAAAGUUUGCUGAUGCUGCUGUAAGAGCUGAUAAGGCAGGAAUCGAAGUACUUGAAAUCCACUGUGCUCAUGGAUACUUGCUACACAACUUUUUAUCUGGCAACUCCAACAAACGUACCGAUGAAUAUGGCGGCUCACUAGAGAAUCGUAUGCGCUUUCCUCUUCAAGUUGUCAAGGCUGUUCGAGAUGCAUGGCCACAAGACAAGCCUAUCUUUGUACGUGUCUCUGCCACCGAUUACAACAAUCCCGAUCCUGUGGGUCACGCUCCUGAUGGUUGGGACGUUUGGCAAACGAUUGAAUACGCAAAGGCUGUCAAGGACAUUGGAGUGGACUUGGUUGAUUGUUCGAGUGGCGGUAAUUUGCCCAACAUUCAAUAUCCGGUUGGACCUCUUUAUCAAGUUGUGUUGUCGGAUACGGUGAGGAAGAAUGUCGAUAUUGACACUGGGGCCGUCGGGAUCAUUACCGAGCCCAAGGAUGCGGAGGAGAUCUUGCAAAAAGGAAAAGGGGAUCUCGUAUUCAUAGCUCGCGAAUUCUUGCGUGACAGUGCUUGGGUCUUACUUGCAGCUCAAGAACUUGGUGUGGAUGCUCAAUGGCCCAAUCAAUACGAUAGAGCAAAACGGGCUUUACGAAGCGGUCCACCAAAGAAGGAACCAACUAGAAGCGUGCCCUAG